AUGGAGAAGAGUUUGAUAUUGGCCUUGGUUCUGGUUCUCGGCACCGCAGUGGCGGUGGCUCCAUGCAGAGGCUAUUACUCCGGUGCCGAGCCGUAUGUUCCGGCUCCGAAGAAAGUAACCCAUCUCCACUUUUUUUUACAGGACAUCAUGAGCGGCGAAAACCCAAGUGCGGUCGUAGUGGCACGCCCUAACGUGACGACCGCCUCCAACGACACCUUCGGCUCUGUGGUAGCGACCGAUGAUCUACUCACCAUCGGCCCCAACGUAACGUCGGGCGUCAUCGGGAAUGCUCAAGGCCUCUGGGUGUCGACUGGCAGAGAAGUUUCGUGCCUUACGGUCUACAUGGACUUCGGGUUUACGGUAGGCGAAUUCAAUGGCAGCUCCAUCAGUAUAUUCUCGAGGAAUCCGGUUAGCCAAACGGAGCGCGAGCUCGCGGUGGUCGGAGGGAGGGGAAAGUUCAGAAUGGCACAGGGAUAUGCACAACUUAAGACUUACUACGUCAAUUUCACGACCGGUGAUGCCAUUGUUGAGUAUAAGGUGACUGUGAUUCAUUAG